GUCCUCUCGCAGUGUGGUAUUUGUACAAACGAGUGACAAUCCGCUGAAAAUGAGUUAUCCUCUCUCGCUCCUUGAGGGCAAAACGCAGGAGUCUCAUGAAGUGUGGAUGACUGGCCUGCCAGACAAAUAUAAAAGCAGACCCCAAACGAAGGACUUUGAAGUGAUGUGCUUGGCCGAUUUUGCAUCAACAUGCAGAAUUGUUUAUGGAAAACAGGUAAAAGGCAAAAAUGUUUUGCCUCUGCUGAACGACAUGGGCUUUGUCCAGAAAAGAAAAGAAAAAGCUGCGGUCAUCAAAUACUGCAAAUUCUCUGAACAAAAGAAUCCAGAGGAAUAUUACUGCUCCUUGCUCAAGCUGUACCUGCCUCAUCGUGCUAAUUGCCAGUUAAAAUCUGAACGCUGUCCCUCAUAUCAGUUGUUUCAUGAUCAUGCCUGUGUACAGUUACCAUAUAACGACUCUGUGGAGCGUGUGUGCGAAAUUGUCAACAGGAACAGAGAAAGGUAUGAGAAGCACAGUAAAGACAUUGACGAUGCCAUCCAAGAGGUGGAGGAGAGCGGGCUCGUCAUAAACGAAUGGUGCCACCUGGCUCCUGAGAGCGAGUUGCAAAGACUCGAAUGCAUUGAGGAAAACAACGCAAGAGAUGAACCAAAUGACAACGUGGAGGACAAUGUCCCGGACUAUAACGUAAGGUCAGAAACGUCUGAAAUUUCCAUUGCGACAGAAGCUGCUGCCAUCGAUCCCGCAGUGUUACGUGACAUGUAUCGGAACCUGAACCAAAAGCAAGCGUCUGUUUUCUACAAGGUCAGAGAUUGGUGCAUAAAACGUGUGUGUAGCUCAAAGCCCAUCGAGCAGUUCUUCUACCACAUCAACGGUGGCGCCGGGACCGGCAAAUCGCAUCUCAUUAAGUGUAUCCACACCGAGGCUACCAAAAUACUGCAAAGACUACCACGACUGGCUGAGGAGGCCGACAUUUCCAAACAGACGGUCGUUCUCGCAGCCUUCACUGGCACGGCGGCAUUCAACAUUUCUGGGACAACUUUGCAUUGUCUGCUCAAACUGCCGAGAAGUCUCAAACCCCCGUACCACGGCCUGGGCAAUAAACUGGACGAAGUCAGAGCCGAGCUGUCGAUCGCCCAAAUACUCAUCAUCGACGAGAUUUCCAUGGUGUCCAAAGACCUCUUUGCCUACGUGAAUGCCAGGUUGAUACAAAUCAAAGGCAUCAAUUUACCUUUUGGUGGCAUGUCUGUUCUUGCUGUUGGAGAUUUCUUUCAGCUCCCUCCCGUGAGACAGUCCAAACCGCUAUGCGUGUACGAUCCCACUCGGCUGGACCACUGGCGUGACAACUUCAAAAAGAUCACGCUCACCGCCAUCAUGAGGCAGAAAGACGAUGUUGCCUUUGCCGAACUGCUGAACCGACUCCGGGUGAAAGAAAAGUCUGAUGAACUUUCGGAACUGGACAGAGCUCUUCUUGCUACGAGGUACACUUCUCCAGAAAUGUGUCCAAGUCAUAUUCUGCAUGUUUUUGCCACCAAUAAACAGGUAGAUGGCCAUAACUCUGCGAUGCUGGAUCUGCUUCAUAAGGACAUUGUACAAAUUGAUGCAGAUGACUACAAGAAGGACAAACAAACCGGCAGAAUGGCGAGGCAAACUUUCCCUGUGCAAGGCGCUAAGAGCGAGCUCCCGGACUCGAUCAGAGUUGCCCUCGGUGCUCGUGUUAUGCUCACGCGUAAUUUUGAUGUUCAAGCAGGUCUGUGCAACGGGACGUUUGGAAAAAUUGUGGAAUUGGUCAACUAUCCGAAUGAAGCCCGCGUAAAGAAAGUUGGGUUGGAACUUGAUCAUGUGAGUAACACAGCGCGUGCCGCUAACCGUGUGUACAUUGACAGACAGGAGGAGAAGCUGAAAAAGCCUGGAGUGACGCGCCGACAGUUUCCCAUCAAGCUUGCUUUUGCCUGCACGAUCCACAAGGUACAAGGCAUGACAACGUCAGAGGCUGCUGUUUCGCUGAAAGGCGUUUUCGAACACGGCAUGGGGUACGUAGCUCUGAGUAGAGUGACCUCGCUCAGCGGUCUGCAUAUUCUGCAUAUGGACGAGAGAAGACUUCAUGCAAAUCCAGAAAUCACUGCUGCUCUUGCUGAGAUGGCAGAGGAUUCUUUGGAGAGCGUCAUGCCACUCCUUCACGUGAUGCCGUCGGUAGAUCGAGCAAAUCACCUGGUUGUCGUCCAUCAUAACACCGAAGGGCUGUCUUGUCAUGUGCAGGACAUCAGGUGCCACCACGAGCUGCACUUUGCUGAUGUUUUGUGCUUCACAGAGACACACCUUCAAGGAUCUGUGGCUGAUGGACGUGCCUGCUUGGAAGGCUUCACAAUGUUUCACAGGAACCGAAGAGAUUCUUACACAAACUGUCCUGACUUGGCAACAAAACUUGGUGGCGGCGUAGGUAUUUGUGUCAAAAGUCACAUUGCAGCCCAGGAAAAGAAAUACAUACAGGGUGUGACCGACAUUGAAUUUGUUGUGGUGAAACUUGAAGCUCCCCUCAAUGUGUUGAUUGCUGCCGUUUACAGGCCUCCAGGCAACAGUCUGCGCACUUUUCUGCCAAGCUUGGGAAAUCUCUUGCGGUACCUUGAAGUAAUGGACCAUCAUCAGAUCUUGGUUUGUGGAGAUUUUAAUGAAGAUAUGCUAUCUGCCUCAUUCAAGCCCAUUCUCGAUUUGUUUCGCUCAACAGGUUACACGCAACUCAUAACCACUGCUACCACUGACAAAAACACAUUGCUUGACUUAAUUUUUGUCUCUCGACCUCAGUGUGCUCUUCAUUCAGGUGUCUUGCAAACGUACUACAGCUAUCACAAUCCUGUUUUCUGUGUUUUGGCCACUGAAAGGUAAGUCACAGCUAAAUCAUGUGGUUCAGCAUUUGCAAAAAGGAUGGAAAUCAGAACGUGAACGUUGUCGUAAGUGUAUAAUAUUAGUGGUGGGAUGUGGUGGGUGAUUUGUUGCCUUUAGGUGAGAUGGGAUCUGGGGCGAAAGUUGCUCAAAAUGACAAAUGAAAGAAACCUGCUGGAAUAGUGGUUGGGGGUCGGUGAGGAAUCACGUUGAGUUAAGGGAAGGCAGAGGCUUAUUAAAAUUUCAAAAAGCCUUCCCUUAACUCAACUUUUUAAUUUUUAAAAAGCCUUCCCUUAACUCAACUUUUUAUUUUUAAAAAGCCUUCCCUUAACUUAACGUUUUAAUUUUUAAAAAUGUUACUUUUAUUUUUUUUAAAUUUUAACUUUUAAAACUUUUACCUUUUUACAUUUUUAAAUUAACUUAUGGUUGAGAGGAGACUUUUUAACUUUUUAAACCUUUAUUUUACAAUCAAAUUUUAACCUUUUAAACCUUUAUUUUACAAUCAAAUUUUAACCUUUUAAAACUUUAUUUUACAAUCAAAUUUUAAAAUUUUAAACCUUUAUUUUACAAUCAAAUUUUAACCUUUUAAACCUUUAUUUUACAAUCAAAUUUUAAAGAUGAGUUAAGGGAAGGCCUUUUACAUUUUAAUUUUUUAAUUGUUUUGAACUUUUAUUUUGAAUUUUUUUGAAUGUCAUAAUCACCAGGCGAGAACAGAAAACAGAUGAGGUAAGUUGCUCGUCAUGAAACAUGUUUUUUCCUUUCUUUCUAAAGAGAGUAAAUGCUGCUAUUUCACUCCUUUGUAUUUUAACAGUUUUUAUCUGGCGAAAGCAGUUCAUCCCAGAAUGGAGGCCAGAGGUAGGCAUGACAUAUCACCUUAUUGUAAUGUAAUUAUAAAAUUGUAACAUGUUGUAAUUUAUAGUUAAGCUUGUGUAAGCCCUCUGUACAAUCAUACAUUUUCAAUCAACUUUGCUGGAUUGUCCUUUUUUCUCCACAAAGACCUUGAGCAUGCAAAAACAUUCAUCAUGGACGAAUGACUCCCAAGCAGACUCAAGGCACGCCACCCCUACAACAUGGCAGCACAAGAGAUGCUCAAUUCCAUCCCUGAAGACAUCUCCAGAGAUGCCUGGCUGGCAGCAGCUUGGAAGCAGGAGUGGGAGGCAGCUGGCCCCUCCCUCAUGCACAGUUAUGUCUGGGAACCAGGAGACGGCGCCAUAGGAGGAGACGAACUACCUCGCCAGCAGUGGACCACACUGAACCGCUUAAGAACUGGUGUUGGGCGCUUCAACAUGUCUAGUGGGGUCUGGCGGACAGUGCGGCAUGCGAGUGCGGAGCCCUCGAGCAGACAGCCGACCACACCAUCAACACCUACACCAACAUAUAGACCACCCUCAGAGGCCGGCCUCUUCGACCUGGGACCAGAGAUGCUGGCGUGGCUCCACGACACCAAGUUGGAGCGCUGACGUUACACGAGAGAGAGAGAGAGAGAGAGAGAGAGAGAGAGAGAGAGAGAGAGAGAGAGAGAGAGAGAGAGAGAGAGAGAGAGAGAGACUCCCAAACCAGGGUGGCAAGAAGCAGGACUUCUCAUUCCUCUUUUUCUAUGUUGCGUGUGGCUCCACAUGCUCCAUUUGUAUAGACCAUUUGUUUGGCCACCUUGGUACUCAGCCUUGAUGAGACCUGGCCUGUCUCGCCAAAAAAAUGACCGACAUUUUAAGAAGAUCCAUGGGACCAGUGUUAUUCUCCUUUUCUAUUGACUCCAAGCAACAGCACAGGGAGAGCCAAGACUUUCCAAAAGACCUGUACAACGGAGGCCAGCAUCAUGAAACACAAACUCCCAAACCAGCACGGUAACAUGAAACACAAACUCCCAAACCAGCAUGGUAACACACAGGACUUCUUCUGAUUCUUCUUAUGUUCUUGGGUCUUGCCUGUGGUUCUACACGCAUCCAGAAAUGCAGACAAAGAACAGCUUGGCCUUUAACAGUCGGAAGCCUCUGAUUUUACUCUACUAAGCCUCAGAUACAGUCUGUUUUCUGUUCUCAUUCAGUCAUUC